AGGUGUGUGGUUUUGGGCUUGUCAUUUGGAAAGGCCAAUUCCUGCUUCCCAUCCCAUUUUUUCCAUUUUUUGGUGCCUCUCUGGGAGACUCUUCAUUUGCGCCAUAGAUUUUGCAGAAACUGAGAGGUGUUCUCUGGUUGUAGGGAAUUGUGGGUGUCUUGAGAAAUUAACAGAGAAGCACAAAUGGGGCUCUCAAAUUUUCCUAGUGCAGCAGAGGGUGUGCUUCCAGUGCUGGUUAUGAACACAGUUUUGUCAGUGGCUCUGUUAAAGAACAUGGUAAGAUCUGUACUCCAAGUGAUCGGUGCCAAUGUGAAUUCUCAGAGUUUUGAGGAAAACCCAGAUGGGUGCCCAGCAGAGAUAAUUGCAAGAGAGAGAAGAAUCUCCAUUUGCCAGUUUAAGUCUCUGUGCCACAGCAACAGGCCUAACAAUACUUGUGUGGCCAAAACGAACAGUGGGGCAAUGGAGUGUUGUGUUUGUCUUUGUGGGUUUGAAGCUGAGCAAGAGGUGAGUGAAUUGUCCUGCAAGCAUUUCUUCCACAAAGGUUGCUUGGAAAAGUGGUUUGACAACAACCAUUCUACUUGCCCUCUCUGCCGCUCUGUUGAUUAGAUAUACAACAACUCUACUGAGGGUCUUUUACUAAGGUACCAAGAAGAUUAAAAAGAAUAAAGGAAGCAGGGGAUUGAGGCAUUAAUUUGAAGCCACAUCUUCAAUCUGGAGCAGAAGGUUUGGGACUUGGAAUUGGACAGAAAUUGUCUGAGUUACAUCAGGAGGGAAGAAGCCUUGGGGUUUCAAUCCU